AAUUAUUUUGCGCAGAGUGGUAAAACGAGCAUAUCUAACUUUCUUGCCGACGCUACGGAAAUACCUUACGAUUAUCAUCCGACGCAAGGUGUCCGAAUAUUAGAGUUCGAAAUACGAAAUAUAAUUGUGAAUAAUAAGCAUAUUACUAAAGAUAUUGAACUGUGGGACUGUAGUGGGGAUCAUAAAUUUGAAAAUUGUUGGCCGGCUAUGAGGAAAGAUGUGCACGGUGUUAUAUUCGUGUACAAUGAAAAAUCUAACUUAAAAGAAAUUCAACAGAUUUACGAUUAUUUCAUCGAGCAAACGAAAUUGGGUCCGGAGAGAUCUGUAAUAUUUUGUUACGAUCCUGAGAAAAAAAAUCCCGAGAUAUCCAAAAUCAUUUCUUCAACGUUCGUAAAAAUAUCGCACGUCAAGUGCAAUACGGAAAGCGGUGGGAAUAAAUUGAAAUCUGAUUUCGCUUCAUUCGUAAACACAGUACUCAACGAUAUGCAUAAUUACACGAAACAGGAAUUCAAAGAUAUCACAAAUGAUAAUAUGUUACUUACGAAAUGAAUGAUGUAUAUUGUGUAUAAAACUAUGAGUUGAAAAAUAUAUGAAACUUAUUAAUAA